GUUGUCGAACUUUUCAGACUUGUGAAACGCGAAAAGGAGCUUCACCGUGAGAUACUCGCCUUCUCUAUUUCACAUCAUCACGAAACAGUUAGAAUCUACGGUCAUUAUCCUGUGAUCGAUGGAAACAAAACUACCUUCUACCGCCAUCCUAUCCGUAAAUUUGACUUCACAGAACUGGACGGCAAAGAGAAAUGGACGGCAUACAAAUUCACCAAGAAUAUCUACGACAUAUGGAUGCCAACUCACUUGAAAAGAAUCUGUUCAAUUAUCGAUAACUUGCCUCCCGAUCUGGAUUUUGAGGUAUCCGAGACAGGGGAAUCUGGACUCUCACAGGGGUUAGAAAGCCACCAUCUCUUUGACUAA